CACAGACAUAGUAUAAAAGAAUGUGCUCCGGUUCAAGAGAUAUCAGUCUUGAUUAGCAUCAACUAAAAGACAUUUACAAUGAUUGCCAAGGUUCUUGCCGUAUCCGCCUUCGUGGCUUUCGUUCAAGCUGGGCUUUUGCCAUCUGCACACCUUGUAGAUGAGCACGCUGUAGAUUACUAUGCUCACCCAAAAUACGAAUUCAACUAUGGAGUUCAAGAUGGACACACCGGUGACCAAAAAUCCCAACAUGAAGUCCGUGAUGGUGAUGUAGUCAAAGGAACCUACUCCCUUGUUGAACCCGAUGGUACCUUGAGAACCGUCCACUACACCGCUGAUGACCACAAUGGUUUCAACGCUGUUGUAGAAAAAUCUGGACAUGCUGUACACCCACAACAAGUUGCUCAUGCCGUACCUGUUGUACACGCCGCCCCUGUUGUCCACUCUGCCCCAAUUGUGCACGCCGCCCCUGUUGUACACUCUGCUCCAAUUUAUCAUCAGGUUGCCCCUCAAUACUACCAUCAUUGAGUUUUGGUUAAGAACUAGGAAUGCCAUUUUGUUGUGCAAACAUGUGUGAUACAUUGUUUAUUUAAUUACAUCCGUUAUAUUUUCGUA